CAAUACAUAUAUAUAUAUAUAGAGAGAGAGAGAGUUAUAAUAGACUUAUAGUUAAAACACACAGAAAAAUGUCUGAACCGAUGAGCGAUACGACAUCAACAACACCGUCAACAGUGGCCAACACCUCGGGAUCAAUGGCCACCACCACUACCGCCACUAGUCCGCCGUCAUCACUAUCAUCGGGUACCGGAUCCGCACCCGCGACCACUACACUAGCCGGCAAUCCGCCGCCAGUUACCGCCAAAAUUGAUUACGAUUUCUGUAAAGAGUUGGACGGUUGGGUCGAACAGCUUAUGGAUUGUAAACAACUAACCGAAUCGCAAGUCAGACAACUGUGCGAUAAAGCCAAAGAAAUCCUGUCCCGCGAGAGCAAUGUCCAGGAUGUCAAAUGUCCGGUAACGGUUUGCGGCGAUGUUCAUGGCCAGUUUCACGAUCUGAUGGAACUGUUCCGUAUUGGCGGCCGCAGUCCCGACACAAACUACCUGUUUAUGGGCGACUAUGUCGACAGGGGCUACUAUUCCGUAGAAACUGUAUCACUGUUGGUGGCAUUGAAGGUACGCUACAGGGAUAGGAUUACCAUUUUGCGCGGUAAUCACGAAUCACGUCAGAUAACCCAAGUCUACGGCUUCUACGAUGAAUGUCUCCGAAAGUACGGUAACGCCAACGUCUGGAAGUACUUUACCGAUCUGUUUGAUUAUCUACCGUUGACUGCAUUAGUUGAUAAUCAAAUAUUUUGUCUGCACGGCGGCCUAUCGCCAUCGAUCGAUACAUUGGAUCACAUCCGGGCAUUGGAUCGUCUACAGGAAGUACCGCACGAAGGACCUAUGUGUGACCUACUAUGGUCCGACCCSGAYGAUCGUGGCGGUUGGGGUAUAUCCCCGCGCGGUGCCGGCUAUACAUUCGGACAGGAUAUUAGCGAAACAUUCAAUCAUACUAAUGGCCUGACACUGGUAGCCCGUGCCCAYCARCUAGUAAUGGAAGGCUAUAACUGGUGUCACGAUCGUAAUGUKGUSACYAUAUUUUCGGCACCCAACUACUGUUACCGAUGCGGCAAUCAGGCKGCSAUUAUGGAACUGGACGAUACGCUCAAGUAUUCGUUCUUACAAUUUGAUCCGGCCCCCCGACGGGGCGAACCCCAUGUUACCCGACGCACGCCCGACUAUUUUCUAUAGGCUAUUAAUUAUUAUUAUUAUUAUUAUUAACUAAAACUAAAUGAUUAUUAUUAUUAUUA